AAAAGGUAAGCCACACUGAUUUGUCAGACUCCCUCGACAAAGAAAAAGGAAAAUUCAAAUUCGAGCACUCUGAUUUCUCUCUCUCUCUCUUUGGGUGCUGUGGUCCGUGGAGAGUACUAAAAUCCUCAUUCUAACGGCGGCUUUAAGGGGUGAGUUAGAAGGAUAAUGGCAUCUGGGUUGCAGUUUCAGGGAGAUGAAUCCGUACUUUUACGGGUCACUCACUCCAAUAUGAAGACCUUUUCGCCUGAAAUCCGUUUUUCUCUUCAGAUGACAGUGGAAGCCGUGAAAGAGAAGCUCUGGAAAAAGUGUGGUACAUCGGUCAAUUCGAUGUCCCUAGAGCUCUAUGAUGAAUCUGGUGCUAAAAUCUCAGUCCUCAGUGAUAAUGCGAGACCACUUGGUUUUUAUUCCCCACUGGAUGGUUUUCGCCUGCAUGUCAUUGAUCUUGAUCCAUCGUCAGUGACUUCUGGAGGUUGGCUCGAGGACACAUCACUUGUGGAGAAGUAUACGAUCUCUGACGAGGCUUAUGGGAAACUUGGUGGUACUUUCAGAAAAUUCAAGGAAACACUGCCGCUUAAGCAACCGCCAGGUCAAGAAUCUAAAAUAUCUGACAACUACACAGAAGAUCUUUGUGCAAAAAUCAAGAUAGGGGACAGAUGUGAAGUGGACCCUGGAGAGAGAAGAGGCACAGUCAAAUUUGUUGGUCAGGCAGAAACACUUGCACCGGGGUUUUGGGUUGGAGUUCAGUUUGAUGAACCAGUAGGAAAACAUGAUGGCAUGGUGAAAGGGAAGCGUUACUUUGACUGCCCUCCCCUUCAUGGUGCAAUGGUUCGACCAGACAAAGUAAAGAUUGGAGACUAUCCUGAAAAAGAUCCCUUUGAGGAUGAGGAAAUUUAAGUAUAUACGAUUCCCGUCUGCUGUUCCUCUGUUUUGAUCGUUUAAUGGAUAGGAGAUGCAUAUUUCAAAUAUAACUGAGCUGAAAAGAUGGUCUAGCCUUGCGUAAUUGAAAGUCAUGGAAAUGACCACGAAGAUUCACGUCGAUGAUGAAACCUGUUUGAAUUAAACACUUACCCGGCAGUUGCAUACAGAUUGCUACACUUGCGGGUAUUGUGGUUGUGUUUUAAUGGUUGAUUAUAAGUACGAACCGUGUAAGCAAGUUUCCAGAUUAUGUUUAUUUCAGUGGACAGAAACCGGUGACGGAUUGCACUUUCAUUACC